AAUAGGGUUUUGUCAUGGUAACCAGCGCGUUUCGAGCUAGAAGCCCCAGCCUGGCUCCCCCUCCUUUGCCUUUCCCUCCCCCUCUCCCAGGCCUUAUCUCCCUGCAAUUUGCCAGGGCUGCCUAGGAUCUCAGGGUUGAGUCGGGGAUGGACAGCGGGCGCUUCGUCCCAGGGCUCCUGCGCAUGGCUUGGGAUCUUCUGGCUCUGCUCAUGUAGAUGCUGCUGUUGCUGCUGCUGCUGCUUCUUUAUCCUCACCACGAUGAACGUUGCGCUUCAGAACCUGAGCAACAGCAUGUCUGACUACAAACGUGCUACAUUUCAUGAUGAGGAUGUUCCAGAACCCACAGGAGAGGGAGCUACAUCCCCUGACACUGUUGAGGUGGGUUUCCGGAAGGGAAGAGGGCAUAUCCUUGGUGCCUUGGGUGGAAGGUCUCAACCAGAGGUUCUCCUUGGGGCACUGAGUGCAGUUCUUGGGGUUCUGCUUCUGGGAAGUCUUAUUGCUCUUGGGGUACAACAGAUGACAGAUAGAUCUCGCUCACUGUGUCUCUCUGAGGCCUGUGUUUCUGUGGCUGGCCGCAUUUUGGAUUCUCUAGAUAGGGGAAUAGAUCCAUGUCAGGAUUUCUACCAGUAUUCUUGUGGAGGUUGGAUGAGAAGGAACCCAUUGCCUGAUGGCCGGUCAAGAUGGAACACAUUUAACAGCAUCUGGGACCAGAACCAGGCAAUUCUGAAACACAUACUAGAGAAUGCAACAUUUAAUUCCAGCAGUGAGGCUGAGAUGAAGACACAGCGCUUCUAUCUCUCCUGUCUGAAAGAACAGAGAAUUGAAGAGCUGCGACAGAAGCCUCUUACAGACCUCAUUGAGAAGAUUGGUGGAUGGAAUAUCUCUGGCAACUGGCGAGGUGAAAACUUUAUGAGUGUUUUGAAGACUGUCUCAGGAACAUAUCGGGCAACCCCUUUCUUCAGUGUUUUUGUUAGUGCAGACUCCAAGAGCUCCAACAGCAAUAUAAUCCAGGUGGAUCAGUCUGGGCUUUUUCUCCCUUCCAGAGAUUACUAUCUGAACAAAACAGCUAAUGGGAAGGUCUUGGAUGCCUAUCUGCAGUACAUGGUGAGUGUGGGAGAACUCCUUGGGGGAAGCCCAGGCUCUGUAGACAUGCAGAUGACACAGAUUCUGGAGUUUGAAACAUUGCUAGCAAAUCUUACAGUUCCACAAGAUGAAAGGAGAGAUGAAGAGAAAAUUUACAAUCGUAUGACAAUCAGUGAACUGCAGAGUCUGGCGCCUGCUUUUGAUUGGAUGGAUUAUUUGACUUUUGCUUUAUCUCCCCUGGAUUUGAAUGACACAGAACCAGUGGUUGUAUAUGGCAAAGAGUAUCUGCAGCAAGUGUCUGAACUUGUGAACAACACUGACCCUAUGCUUCUGAAUAAUUACUUGGUAUGGAAUUUGGUGCAAAAGAUGUCAUCCAGUCUUGAUUCCCGAUUUGAGAAAGCUCAGGACAAGCUCCUCGAGUCACUUUAUGGGGCAAAAAAGUCUUGUACUCCCCGCUGGCAGACCUGUUUGUCUAACACAGAUGACACUCUUGGAUUUGCUCUAGGAUCUCUCUUUGUCAAGUCUACAUUCGACAAGAACAGCAAAAACAUUGCAGAGCAAAUGAUCUCAGAGAUACGAGAUGCAUUUGAGUUAACUUUGGGUGGCCUAACAUGGAUGGAUGAGAAGACAAGGAGGGCUGCUAAAGAAAAGGCAGAUGCCAUAUAUGAUAUGAUUGGAUUUCCUGACUUUAUUCUGGAUACUAAAGAACUGGAUGAGGUGUAUGAUGGGUUUGAGGUGUCGGAGGAUGCAUUCUUCCAGAACAUGCUAAAUUUCUACAACUUCUCGGCAAAACUGAUGGCUGAGCAGCUAAGGAAACCUCCAAAUCGGGAGCAAUGGAGUAUGACACCUCAGACAGUAAAUGCCUAUUAUCUGCCCAACAAGAAUGAAAUUGUAUUUCCAGCAGGAAUCCUUCAAGCUCCAUUCUAUGCUCCAACUCACCCAAAGGCUCUAAAUUUUGGAGGCAUUGGUGUUGUGAUGGGACAUGAACUAACCCAUGCCUUCGAUGAUCAGGGUCGGGAAUAUGAUGAGGAUGGGAAUUUACGUCCUUGGUGGCAGAAUUCAUCUUUGGAGGCAUUCAAAAAUCGUACAGAGUGUAUGGUUAAUCAAUACAACUCCUACACCGUAAAUGGAGAACGUGUGAAUGGAAGGCAAACCCUUGGGGAGAAUAUUGCAGACAACGGUGGCCUGAAGGCAGCAUAUCAUGCCUAUAAAUCUUGGCUGGUUAAGCAUGGUGAGGAAAAACAGCUGCCAGGAGUUGGACUUACCAACAACCAGCUCUUCUUUGUGGGAUUUGCACAGGUAUGGUGCUCUGUGCGCACGCCUGAGAGCUCCCAUGAAGGGCUGGUUACAGAUCCCCACAGCCCAGCUAAAUUCAGGGUCAUUGGGACUCUGUCAAACUCCAAGGACUUUGCAGAACAUUUUAACUGUCCCAAAGGCACUCCCAUGAAUCCUGGAAAACACUGUGAUGUGUGGUAAAAGGCAUUGCUUGCAUGAUCAUGUGUGUAUGUAUGCUGCAUGAAUGUACAGAGUGUGAAUAAAUGCAUUUUCUGAAGGUGAUGAAUGUUGUACUGUGUGAAUUGGGAGAGGCAGACCAAGCUCUUCACUUAAGCUAAUAUCAGAACACUUGCAGAGUGUGUCUGGUAUUAAAGUGCCAGCUAUAGAUGGUUAGGUGUAAGCAAGCAACAGUCCUUAUAAUGUAUGGUGAAUGUAUGCCAACAUUUCAGCUCUGGAAGUACUGUGUAGGGUCUGAAUGUUGGAUGUCAUGAUCUAUACACAAUCAUGCCAGUGCAGAUUGAUCACAAAUUAAUGUUACUAAUUUAGCAUAAAUAUAGUACUUUAUGCAAAAUUAGUAACAGUUAUACUAGUAGGGCAUCAUAACUCAUGUUUUGUGGGCCCAGAAUUGUAGGGGUUCUUUUUGACUUACUGAACUGUUGAAAUGCUAGCUUUGUGAUCUAGACUUUGGGUGGGGGAAAAUAUAGCAUUUCACUUAUGAUAAAAUGGCUAUGGCUCUGUGGCUUAUAAAUUGAUUAGAAGAUGAAGAUAUGUUUGGGCAAAUUUCAUAAGUGGUUUGGGAUGUGACUGUACAAAGGUGUGUACAAACAGGCCUGCUGAUGGACCUAUAAGUACACCUAAAGUAAAACAAAAAAAAAAAGAUAGUGGGAUUUCCACAAUUGGUGCUGUACAAUUGUUGUAGAACAGCACAGCUGUUAUAUAACCUAAUGUAUAUCACAAAUAAAAUGCCUAUAUAAAAUGCCUCUUAUAUUCUCUGUAUGUACCAGCAUAUAUCAGCAACCUGUCACAGCUUUAUGCUAUUUCAACUACAGCACAGAGUACUUUUAAUAGCUUACUGAUACACAGACAUCAACCCUUAUUUUAAAAUGCACACAUAUAGAUUCCCAAAAAGAUUAGUGGCAACCAUGUCAUUUGUGCCAAUUUAAGUGAUGCACUGCCUUAAUGAAUCCUGUGUGUUUGUGAGUAUGUAGUGCUAAAUGUCGAGGGUAAGAAUUACUGUAAGUGGGAAAUUGUAAGUCUGCUGAAUGCUUGGGAAAAGAUAAAAAUUGCUGUGAGUGCAGUAUUUUUAUUGCCUGGUUAGUGCAGAAUACUGUGUGCUAAUGUUGCUGGCUCUGUCAGUUCUGCCUCACCAUACUCAUGACCGUUUGCUGUUUUGGGGGGUGCCUACACUGGGAGGUAUGAUUAACCCCCCCCACCACAAGGCUUCUUUGCACUGUUUGGAACAUAUAUCAAGCUGGCAUCUUGCUUCUGGGACUGUAACAUGCUAAUAUCACACAGGGUUCUGCUAUGCUGUUCAUGGACAUCAACCAUUUUGUGAUAUCCUUUAUAAUUGCUCCCACACUUAUUGUGACCCCCCCCCCCCCCCCAAAAAAAAAAAAGAUUUCCAUGUAUGCCAGUUUUUUUCUUUGGAAGUGGCUUUGGUGUGAUCAUGUGUAAAAUAUAGAUAUACUGAUGAUGAAAGAUUGGAGUGGAUCUUCUAAAGAAAGACAACCCCAGCCCCACAAGAGGAAGACAAACAGAAAAUGAAGUAUAACAACCUGCCUUAAUUUCCAGCAUUAAGUGACAGUAAGUAAAUGGCCAGCCCUGCUCAGUGUCACACAUAUGAUCAUAUGAUCAUUAGGGCAGAAAUCCAUUUAUCACUGCCAUUUAAAGGGAAAACUGAUGUGUUGCUUAGAAAAUGUAACCAAUACCUGCACUGCCAAUUGACAGCCUAAAAUUCUAAAGUAGAAUGAUUUACAGUACUGGUUUGAAUGUACUUUUUUAUUUAAUAUGGUUUGAAGAGGCCUUCAUCUGCGCUCCUCAAACAAUCCACUGCUCUGACAAGUGAGUUGUACUGAACAGUCAGAAGCCUGGUGGAUAACAGAAAUCAUGGCACAGUCAGAUAAUUAAGAGGUAACCUAUUGAUAGUCAGUUAAAUAGUACAACAUGCUAUGGUUUAGCCAUAUAAAGUACAUUACAUGUUAAGGUUCUGUAGACUGAUAGUGCCAUCCCAUGCAAAAGGGAGUGCUGGGGUGAGUCCUAUAUGCAUUUCCAGAAUCAGAUGAUUGGUAUUUGUAGCUUUGUUGCCCACUCCCUACACCUACCUCACACACUGUGAUAUUUGCUGCAUCAGUCCUUACACUUUUGUGCUGUUAUGAUAGGUAAAAUGAAUUAACUCAGGAGACAGCACUAAGCAUGUGACUACUAGCACUGUCUGGUGUCAUCAUGAAAGCAGCUUGAAUUAUCAGCACAAGCAUUUAACCUGGGAAGACUGAUGUUCUGUGACCUAACCUCCAUUUUUCUCAGCUAAAUAUGUCAUGCUUAUAAGAUCUCUAUUCUGAACACAUUAAUUAGCAAAUGGGGUUAAGUGCAGACUUCAGUGGAUCUUUUGGAUUUUGAAAUGUCAAUCUGUGUUUAUACUGUAAAAAAGACAUGGGUGAAAUGGAAACAUUGCAAGACCUGUGAGAUAUCACUCAGUGCUCUUUAAUCUCAAGGAGUCUUACCCGGUCCCAUCUAUUUUGGCCAGUUUCACACUGUGGGAAAUGUACAGAAAAAUGUCACCUACCACUGUUUAUACUGGGUAGAUAGAUGGGAACUGUCUUCUGCUCCUUAAGUAAUAUAACUUAACCUGGUUGCUUGUUGCUUUUCCAUGUUGUGUAAUGUAGAAAUGUUUUAUUUUUACAUGUCUAAUAAACUCAGCAGAAUCUG